AUGGCACAGAUUGAUUUUACAAUUAUUAGACUGCUGCUGCUCCACGGCUACCCAACGUCGUCGUACAUGUUCCGCAACCUGAUUCCUCUGCUCUCGUCUUUUUUUCACGUCGUUGCCCCAGAUCUUCCAGGAUUCGGCUUUACAGAGCCGGCAGCAGACUAUGUCUUUGAUUUCGAGACACUCACAGAGACCGUUGGCCAGUUUGUGAAGAAACUUGGCUGGACGAAGUUCGCAAUCUACGUUUUCGACUACGGCUCGCCAGUUGGGUUCCGUCUUGCACUUGAGAGCCCUUCUCAGAUUACUGCAGUCAUCUCGCAAAACGGCAACGCCUACGCCGAGGGAAUUGACGACAGGUUUUGGGGGCCGCUCAAAAAGUACUGGGCAGCGGGAAAAAACGACCCCGAGCUGACGUCUGCGCUGAGAGCAUAUAUUCAGGAUAAGAGAAAUGUCUGCUCUCAGUAUUUUGAUGGUGUUGUUGAGACGUCGGCGGUAGAUCUCGCGCCGUCGACGCUGGACUGGGCCCUUCUUUCCAGAGAUGGACAGACAGACAUCCAGCUUGGCCUGUUCUUUGACUACCAGAAUAAUAUUCGUCUGUAUCCGCAGUUUCAGGAGUUUCUCAGACGCUCUGGCGUUCCUGUGCUGCUAGCCUGGGGAAAGAACGACGCCAUUUUCAGCGUCGCCGGAGCAGAAGCUUUUCGAAGAGACGUGAAGCGGGAGAAUUUGGCGAUACGUUAUUUUGAUACGGGCCACUUUGCUCUUGAAACGCACGCAGAGGAGAUUGCGAACGCUAUCAUCGGCUUUUUGGUUCCAAGGUUAUGA